AUGUCCGAGUUCAUCGGAUCUCGCAUUUCUCUCAUCUCAAAGAGCGACAUCCGCUAUGUCGGCACUCUCGUUGAGAUCAACUCAGAAGCCUCCACAGUCUCAUUAGACAAUGUGCGCUCCUUUGGCACAGAGGGGCGGAAGGGCGGCAAAGACGAAUACCCGCCAUCAGACGUCGUUUACGAGCAGAUUGUCUUCCGAGGCAGCGAUGUGAAGGAUCUUCGCAUUGAAGAGCCUGUCAAGGAGAAGGCCCAGCCUGCAAUGCCCCAGGACCCAGCCAUCAUCGGAGUACAACAACCCCAGUCGCGGCAAGAAGGCAGUCCACAAGACAUUGCCGGUCGCCAACAACCGCCACCGAAUUUUCCUCAACCAGGUCAAUUCCCACCUGGUGGAUACCCUCCCUUCGGUGGACCUGGCGGCCCUGGUGGUGCAUAUGGCAACCGAUUCGGUCCUCCAGGUGGUUUCCCUGGCGGUCCAGGGCCUUUCCCAGGUCCUGGAGGCCCACCAGGCGCAUUUGGCAUGCCACCGCCUCCAUUUGGUGCGCCUCCAGGCUGGUUCCCUCCAGGCCAAGGCUUCCACCAGCCUCCUGGUCCGUUCUCGCCUAACAUGCCCAUUGGCCCUCCCGGCUUGAACCAAAACCAACCCCCACAAGGUCAACGGGGCCCGUCAGGUCCCCAGGCAGGCAAGGAUGAGAAGCCAGGUCAGCCACAGCAACCAAAGGUCGCCGAGGCAGAUGGUGCAUCCGCCAAGCCACAACAAAAGAACGGCGCGAAGGCAUCUGGCUCAACACCAACGCCGGCUGCUGCUGGUAAGCAGGCUCCUCCACCACCAGUCGACUCAAAGCCCGAUGUUUCAGCUGCGUUGGCACCACCCCAUCCUCAAACCACUCAACCGCCGUCCAAGGGUAAGCCUAGCGGGCCCAAAGGUGGACGAAUCAUCCCCGCUGUUCCGAUUCCAAGCCCGAGAGCAGCAAAGACGGCGCCUCAUGCCCAAGAAGGUGCUGCCGCUCCCGUACAAAUGCCCAGUGCUGCUCAGCAGCAGAAUGCUACUCAACUAGCAACUGCCGCUGUCGCCGAGGCCAUGGCCAAGCUCAACCUACAGAACAAGGGCCAGGCGCAAGGUCAACCACCAAGUCAACCUCCUGUCUCAGAUCCCAUGAACAACCUGGCACAACAGGUACAGGGCAUGCGCGAUCAACAGAGCCGUCAGCACCAGCCCCGUCAGCGAGGAACAGGCGAGUUCCGCGGUCGAGGCGGAAGAGGAGGACGGGGUGGCGCUCAUCAGCAACACCCCAAGAUGGAGGUGCCCACAACCGAUUUCGAUUUUGAGUCAGCGAACGCAAAGUUCAACAAGCAGGACUUGAUCAAGGAAGCCAUCGCCUCUGGCUCGCCAAUGGGUGAUGCUCCAGCUGUUCCAGCUGUCGAGGCCGCAACCACAGAGAAAGAAGAGGUCGUCAUCCCUGGCGGAUCCAUGUACGACAAGAGCUCUUUCUUCGAUAACAUUUCGAGCGAACUCAAGGAUAGGGAAGAGGCUGCCACGCGUGGCCAAGAGUUCAGGAGCCAAGAGCGCCAGAAGAACAUGGAGACCUUUGGCCAGGGCAGCGUCGAUGGUUUCCGUGGUGGUCGAGGUCGUGGACGCGGCCGUGGACGUGGUCGCGGCUUUGGCGGCGGAUACCGUGGUCGUGGAGGUGCACCAAGGGGUCGUGGCGGCGCGGAGUUUGGGGCUCAACCUGCCGCUUAG